AUGGGGCUUUACGUCAGUCGAGUCUGGAGAUGGUAUGAGCCCAUUUUGGCAGAGCCACAGCAGCCAGGAUGCAGUGCGGGUCCCAGUAUCGCACGUGGCAGUCGCAAGCGCAAAAGGAGCAGUUGGGACAUCCACAGAUCUCUGAGCCAGGUAGUAAAUAUACAUCAAGUUUUUGGCAUCAUCUAUGGCAAAAAAAGGAAGCUCUCAUCUAAGUAUACUUACCAAACUUUAUUUUUGGGUGGGAAAGACAGUGAUAUCAAAGUCCGUGCUCUAGGGAGAAUAUGGUCUUUGCACAAAUCAUUUUUAUGUCAGUCGAGGUACUUUGCUAAUAUCCUCAAAGACACUUGGAAAGAACGGCAUAAUGAUAUUAUUCAACUGGAGAUUAAGAACGAGGACAUAGACCUCAGGUCCUUGGACUUUGUGUUGGGUUCACUGUACAGGGACGAGGACUUGCCACUAAAGCCCCUUCGAAUUCCUCGUGUUCUGGCAGCAGCGUGUUUGCUUGAGGUAGAGGACGUAAUUCGGCAAUGUAAUGACACCAUGAAGAAAACCAUUAAUAUGAAAACUGUGUGUUCAUACUAUCUAGCAGCAGAAACAUAUCGAUUGAACUCUGUAAAGACUCGGUGCCUUGACUGGAUUCUUUGCAACUUGAUGACACACCCAAAUGUUAGACUUUACAAACAAAUUGAUAUAAAGAUCAUGUAUCUACUUGUUUCAUCAUCGGACCUACUAGUGCUGCCAAAGGAAAUUAAUCUAUAUACCACCCUGAAAGGCUGGGUAUUCCUUUAUUUUAAUCCUGGCUGGAAAGGUUCAGUGGAUCGCCUCUCGGCUAGUGCCAACAGCUGGCUUAACAAACACAUGGAAUGUAUUGAUGACAUCACUUUCCUUGAAAGUGAAGAAGGGCUAGUAUUUCAACCAGUGUUUAAACAACUGAGGUUUCAGCAUAUCAUCUGUGACCUUGCCUCCACUACUAUUCUUGAACAAGAUCGCCUAAUACCUUUAGAAUGGCUGACCCCUGUUUAUAAACAGCAGUGGCUGACUUUGCUUCAGGCACAGCAGAACAGGAAAAUUGGACCGAGAACCAUCAAUGAAAAAGAACUUGAGGGAUGCAGCAUGAGGUGUGGUACAAGGAUCAGCAGAGAGGGCACAUACUCCUGGAAGUGGUCAGGUUGCAGAUUUAGCUUUCCUUUACAUAUCAUCUUUACCAACCGUAAUAUCAUUUUCAAGCAAAAUUAUCAGCAGUAUGAUAGCUCUACCUGCUUAAAACAGAUACAAAAUGUAGUAUUCAGAAUAACUUUGGUGUGCUUUGACGCUGAUGGAAAAGUAACUUUCAGUAGGACAACUGGUCAUAAAAUCAUUACCUUUGAAAAUAACCAGGAGAAAAGUGUAAUGGAAUUAGAUAGCAACAGUAUAAGCUUCCCUUUAUACAUAUUCUUCAACUUCCUGUUUGUAUCAUUAGCAAAUACAGGAAACCUGUAA